AUGCAAAAACUGAGAGGCAAGUUAAACGAACUUAAAAUCAAGGACAAAAGGAUAUUUGUUCACAAGUUUAUCAAUACCAGCUUACUUAUAGCGACUGCACUUAUGGCAUGAAAAGGUAUAAAAGUUUGCUCAAAUACUGAUACCCCUAUUGUAGUUAUAGUAAACAACUCAAUGAUACCUGCAUAUUACCCAGGAGACAUGCUGCUUAUUGAAAUGUGAAAUUCCCCACCUUUACAAGCUGGCGAUGUUAUUGUUUAUAAUUUUGAUGGCAAAGAAUCUUCAAUUAUAAGUAGGAUUAUGAGCAUCCACGAAGAAAACAACGACUAUUUUAUAGUAACAAAAGGGGAAAAGAAUGAGUCCAAUGACAGAGCGGUGCUAUGGAACGGCAAGAAAUUUAUCCAGAGAAAAGAUGUUGUAGGGAGAGUAUAUUUUUUUGUUCCUUAUUUAGGAACAAUUGUCAUAUGGCUCAUUGAUUACCCAGUUUUGAAAUAUGUGCUAAUAGUUUUUAUGGCAAUCUUCAUCGGACUAGCAGCAAAGCAACCUAAAUAUUAA